AUGUUAACAAUUUUAUUGAUUUCAUUGAUAUAUCUUUUAGAUUUUAUAAAUUCCUUGCCAACAGAACAACGUUAUGCACGCCUUGCACAUUCAUCAGCAUUAAUAGAUGAUAAAUUGUACUUUAUGUGCGGAUCUUAUACAAAUGAUAUGUUUUAUCUUGAUUUAUCAAAAUCUUUUGCAGAUAGCUUACCGCUUGUUGAUAUUCCAUCUAAUUUGCCAGUAAAUGGUGCAUGGCAAACAGCAAGUGUGGGCGGUCGUGAUAAUACAACAAUAUUUUUAUUUGGUGGUUCAUUACGAGAUGUAAUAACUGGAAAAUAUGUUAGUAAUGAUUUGGUUUUUACAUUUUCAAGUCCUAAUGGUCCAUGGCAAAGACCUUCAAUUAGUGGCACACCACCAAAUGCAACUCCACGUGCAGGUGUGGAGUCUGUUAUUGACGAAAAUGGUAAAAUGUAUUUGUUUGGUGGAGAUUAUGGAACAGGAGAAUUUAAUAAUAUGUAUAUAUUAGACACAAUCAAUUUAAUGUGGUCAAAUGGUGGUGAUGCAGAUCCAGCUUUCAAAAGAACACAUGCCACAAGUGUUUUGUUAAAAAAUGGUGAAAUUUUAUAUAUUGGUGGAUAUUCUAAUUCUGCUACAGUUGACAUUAAUACAGUCCUAGUAUAUAACACAAAAUCUUUAAAAUGGUCAACAACUACUGUAGUUGGGGAUAUCAUUGAUGCACGUUCUUGGCACACAGCUGUUUUAGCUCCAGAUGGUAAAAUUAUAAUAUACGGAGGUGCUAACAUGAGUGAUGCAAUGUCAAAGCCAGCUAUGGUCUUGUUAGAUACAAACAGUAGUUCAUAUUCUUGGUCAAUUCCUAAAAUUCCACCCAAUCCACCUCCACCACUAAUGAGACAUUCUGCUAAUUUGGUUGGAAAUUACAUGAUAGUGGCCUUUGGGUCAUCAAGUACUGGAACAUCUAAUGAAAUCUAUUUAUUUGAUAUCCAUACAUAUACUUGGGUAACAACAUUUUACCAACAAUCCAACUCUUCUGCUUCCCCCUCAGAAAGUCCUAAUCCACCAAGUGUGACAACUUCACAAACUUCAGAAACUUCACAAGCUUUGUCAAAUGAUGCACGUUUAAUAGGUAUAGGUGUAGGUGCUACUCUAGGUGCCAUUAUUUUAAUAG